AUGGCGAUUGCUUUGGCUGAGGCCGACAAGUAUGAAAUCUUGGACAAGAUUGGUUGCGGUUCCUUCGGAAUCAUCCGCAAGGUCAAGCGCAAGACUGAUGGAUUCAUCCUUUGCCGUAAGGAAAUCAACUACAUCAAGAUGUCACAGAAGGAACGCGAACAACUCACCGCCGAGUUCAACAUCUUGAGCUCCCUUCGUCAUCCCAACAUCGUCGCAUACUACCACCGGGAACACCUCAAGGCCAGCCAGGACCUAUACCUCUACAUGGAAUACUGUGGUGGUGGAGAUUUGGGUAUGGUGAUAAAGAACCUGAAGAAGGCAAACAAGUAUGCCGAAGAGGAAUUCGUCUGGCGCAUUCUAUCCCAACUUGUCACUGCUUUGUUCCGGUGUCACUACGGCACUGACCCCUCUGAGGUGGGAUCAAACAUCCUUGGUCCCGCCCCUAAAGCAUCUGGUCUUAAAGGCAAGCAGGGGCAGGUGACCAUCCUGCACCGUGAUCUCAAGCCCGAAAACAUUUUCCUUGGUAGCGACAACACGGUCAAGCUUGGUGAUUUCGGCUUGUCCAAGCAGAUGCAGUCGCAUGAUUUCGCCUCUACCUAUGUUGGUACUCCUUUCUACAUGUCACCAGAGAUAUGUGCCGCCGAAAAGUACACCCUGCGUUCCGACAUCUGGGCGGUUGGUUGCAUCAUGUAUGAAUUGUGUCAAAAAGAGCCCCCUUUCAAUGCCCGCACCCACAUCCAACUUGUGCAGAAAAUCCGCGAGGGUAAAUUCGCCCCCUUGCCUGACUACUAUUCUCCCGAGCUCAAGAACGUCAUUGGGAGCUGUCUGCGAGUGAACCCCGAUCAUCGCCCCGAUACUGCGGCUUUGAUCAAUCUUCCCAUCAUUCGUCUCAUGCGCAAGGAAAAGGAAGUGGUUGAUUUGGGCAAGACCCUGCGCCGCCGUGAAGAGGUUGCUGUGGCCAAGGUUCGUGAUAUGGAACAGAACUUGGCCAAGCUCGAGAAAGAAAAGCAGCAAAUGAAGGCUGAAAUCGAGAGCACCGUUCGCAGAGAAUGGGAGGUCAAAGCACGCCUCGAGAUUGAUCGUCAAGUACAGGGUGAGCUUGAGCGACUACGAAAACGAUUUGAAUCCGAGGUUCAAGACAGAGUUUCCAUUGAGGUCAAGAAACACAAGGCGAACAGCAACACCUCUCGCGAUGAUGUUUUCCGUACCAGCACUCAGGGCUCUAGUUCUUCUCGGUCUAGCGGUCAGGGCUGGCGGUCUUCUCGGUCUUCGGCGAACAUGACAGACGACAGUGACAAUACUCCAUCCAGUGCUGCUGAUAUCACUCAGCUGUCUCUCGGGUCACCCCCCUCGAGUAAGAGGAAGCAACCAAAGAAGGAGACUCGUACUCCAUUCUGUCGCUCGAAGACCGUGGUUGACUCGCCCGUUGAUGUUCAAAUGGCCGAGCCUUCUCCCAUCUCAAUUGCAUCGCUUUCCCUUUCUCCUCGUCGCACUUCUGGAACUGGAGGCGCCCGCAACAUCUUUGCAGAGGCCGAGCGCAACAAGGCCAAGUGGGAGCCCACUCUCGCUUACUCUGAUGACGAGGAUGAUACCCCUGAUCUGCCAUCGCCUACUCGUCCCAAGGUCAAGCCCGACCCAUUGAAGGCGCCUCGUCGACCUCUCCUACGCCAACACACUGCUGCCUUUGUGCAGAAGCUCAGCACUCAGCCAUCCCUAUUCCCCUCGAAUGGUACCCGUCUACCGCAGUCCACAAAUUCAUCUGCCUCCCAGUCUGAGGAGCGCAGCGUCAGUGAAAGCAGAGCCAAGUCGCCCCAUCGUCGCCUCACCAAGAUUCCCUCGUCCGCCAACCUCGCUGCUGACGCCUCUCCAACCCGCAAGAGCGCGACCAAGCAAGCCCAGCCAAAGGCCAAUGGUGGCGGUGAGGAAAUGAUGAAGGCUGUCAUGCAGCGUAACAUGGGUGGUCGUACCCUCGUUGAGCUUGCCCAAGCUCGUGCUGGAGGUCGCCCCAUGGACGAGGUCAAGCGCUGUGCCAGCGACUCUCGGUCUUCCGGUCCCUCGAUGCUGAAGUGCUCUGAGCGGGAUCCCCCUGCCAUCUGGAACCCCGAACUGGAUGACAUGCCUAGUCCUUUCCUCGCCCGUGGAAAGAAGGUCAUCCGCAACCUGCGGUGA